GACAGAGAGAAUAGAUGAGGAGCUGUGUACUUGUGUAUGUGGGUAUGUAUACCAGCAUAAAUGUGUGCUUGUAAGUGUCCAUAUGAAACAUUGAUGUGUAUGUGUGUUAGUGUGUGUGUCUGUGUGUGUGUGCAUCUGUACUUAUGUACGUGUGUACUUUCGCAAAUGUGUGUCUGUAUUUUUGUUUGCAUGCUGCGUGUAUUACUUGUGUUCAUGUAUGUGUUCAUGUAUGUAUGUCUGUACGUGUGUUUGUGUGUAUGUAUGUUUGCACUUGUUUGUGUGUGUAUCCUUGAGUAAGUACUGAUGUGAUGUCAUGCCGAGAGCUAGAGAUGCUAUAAAGUAUGUGUGUGUGUGUGUGUGCAUAGUGCGAGUGUAAGUGUAAUGCGGUGUCAUGUGGGGGUAGAAAGAGAGGUGGGGGUAAAUAGUGUUUAGUUUGUCAUCCCAGAUCCCAGUCCAUCACACAGUAUCAGUUCGUCUAUCAUUAAGGUCGUUUCUGUUGUUUUGUUGCCCCGUCUCCUCCCUUAUUAUCUCUUCUAUUCUCAUCCCACAUCUCUCUCUCUCUCUGUCUACACACACACACACAAGUAAGACAUAGGACAGAGACAGUUAUUCUCAACGAAUAUUCUCUGAGAAAAAAAAAACAAAAAACAAACUAAACUAACCAAAUAAACAAACAGUUUAUAACCUUCCCUACAGAAACUCGUGCUCGCCUGUCCUAGAAAAGUUAGCAAGAAUAUCUCUUAUCUUAUUCUUUGAAAGAAACGAAAAGAUUUUUGAUACAAAGAUAAGCAAAAAAAAAGAAAAGAAAAGAAAAAGAUACGGAGAAGGAGAGCGGGAGAUAUUGAAAGUCUCAAAAACCCCUUUUGAGUAAAGAAAAAAAAAGGUGGGGAACAAAAGAGGGGAAAGAAACUGAAAAAUACUUCAAAAGGCAAACGCGCGCACACACACACACACACACACGAACUAAUAAUAAUAAUAAUAAUAAUAAUAAUAAUAAUAAUAAUAAUAAUAAUAAUAAUAAUAAUAAUAAAGAAUCAAAGACUCCAAAUUCUUCACAUUGGCUCUCUUUAGACCUGUGUACACGUUCCCCCUUACUUUCUUUCAAUCCAAAAGACAAAUGGUCACUUUAUUUCUGCCUUUGCCCAUCUUACGGCGAUGUUUAUCCCUCGUUUUCCUUUUCUCGUCUUUCGUCUUCUUUGUAAAUUGUUCCACUGAUGGAAGAACAACAACGAAAGGAAUCGUCAUACGACAUUUACUGUCGCAGACAGCAUCUACGGACUUAGAAGGUAGAAGUUCGCAUCCGACCGAAGAAGCCCCAGUUGGUCUACUAGUCAGCACCGCUGCCGCCUCUGCUACCACCAUUACUACUACUACCACCACACCCAGCGACGUUAAUGCGGGUGGUGAUAGUGGUUUUGGUGGCGCUUGGGGUGGGGUUUGGCCCAGGAACCACUUCGAAGGUGUGAAUUAUCUAAUACGGUAUGGUUACCUCCAUCCUGGUUACGGGUGGUUCCUUGGAAAUACUGAAGCCAAAAUUGAACUCCAAGCUGCUCUCCAGAGAUACCAAAGGGUUGCAGGAAUAACUGUUACAGGUUUCUUUGAUGAAAGUACAUUCAAAAUGAUGAGGAAAAAACGAUGUGGUGUUCCAGAUAUGAAUUAUGCACCAAGUUUAGGUCUGAGAGAAGCUAUUUCUCCACGUCGCAAGCGAAGAUUUGCUUUACAAGGGUCAAAGUGGAAGCAUCGUGAAAUUACAUACAAGGUCAGUGACUAUCCCCAAAACCUGUCCCACCAUGAUGUGGAUGCUACCAUAAACACUGCAUUCAAGGUUUGGAGCAAUAUAACAUUUCUACAGUUUACGUGGAAGCCAAGGGAUAUUGUAGACAUCAACAUCCGGUUCCUGUCUGGUAACCAUGGUGAUGGGAUGCCAUUUGAUGGGCCAGAUGGAAUCACAGCUCAUGCUUUCUUCCCAAACAGCAACAACGAUGACUUUGAUGGAGACAUUCAUUUUGAUGCUGAUGAAAACUGGGUGCUGAGUAAUAAAGCUGACCAAAAAUCAGGUCAGAUCAGUCUACUGUGUCAAGCAAUCCACCAAAUUGGUCACUCAUUAGGAUUAUUCCACUCUGAGAGCACUUCAGCACAAAUGUGGCCAUACAUCAUGGAAUGUAAUGGCACUUCAGUGCAUGCUGAUGACAUUCAAGCAUUACAGUCACUCUACAGUCCAUCUGAGGGCAUCCAAACUGCAGUUUCUAGUAAUAUGUCAACCAGCAAGGAUGAGAACUUUGAAGACGAUCAUUCAGGGUCACAGGGUUCAAGUUCUACGACAGUCAGCAGCUCCCACUUGACCAGCCCAUCAAUGUCAGCUGGAGAUAGAUUCUGGUGGACACACAGCCAAGACACACAGACAGAACGACAAACCUAUCCAUAUUGGUACCGUUUCUCCAGACUGGGGCCAUCAACAACCUCACCAUCGGCCUUACUGACAUCAGCUCAAACUACAGUUAGGCCAAAGUACUGUGAUGGCAGAUUGGAUGCUAUCACUGUUGCAACAGAUCACCUGACCUAUGGAUUUAGAGAUGAACUCGUGUUCAGAUUCAACCAGAUCAAUGUUGAUUACACAUUUCCAAAGAAAAUUCAAGAAGUCUUCCCCAGGGGUCCUUUGUCUGUAGAUGCUGCAGUGACCUUCAGUAAAAAUCGAAAGAAAGCAGCCCUUGGUAGCACAUACCUGAUAAAAGGCAACCUAGUUUGGCGCUACAGACACACAGAGGACGGUUUCCAACUGGAACAUUUCUAUCCAAAACCCUGGGCCAAAGAAUGGGAUGUAACUGGUACCAAAAUUGAAUCAGCCUUUAAAUUAGGCCGGAAAAUCUACCUGUUAAUUGACAAUCGAAUCUGGUUGUUGAAAGGCAAGAAAUCUCGUCAACGGAAGUAUCAUGAGAAGAAGCGAAUUAAACUGUUUAACCAGCUACCAGACUUCCAGGCUGCAGUACAAUGGAUCAACAGGAAUACCUAUUUCUUUACUGGCAGCGAGUAUUACAGAGCUGACUUGCCAGCACAGAGGAGACGUUAUGUACUGAAUGGACCGAGAGAUACAGCAUAUUGGUGGUUUGGCUGUAAUGAAAUACCACACAUACGGCAACCUUUUGAAGAUAAAGGUGAUAAUGGGUGGGAUCUUGAACUGACUAAAUAAAUGGAUGAGUGAAUAAAUGGAGUAGAUGACUGAAUGGGUAGAUGGGUAGAAGGGUGGGUAAGCUGAAUGGUGGUGUAGUUGGAUGGCAGUGUAGGUGCAUGGAUGAAUGAAGAGACACAUAGCAUACAAACAUGCAUACAUAUUUUAGCAGGUAUAUACACAACUAUAUUACCAAAUGAAUAGAUACACUGACAGAUAUAUAUAUAUAUAUAUAUAUAUAUAUAUAUGAGAGAGAGAGAAAGAGUGAGAGGUAGAAAUUUUGAUAAACAAAAUUAGAUUUGACACAUAUACACAUACAUAUGUAUAUACAUAUAUAUCAAUUUAAAUGCACAACUGAAAGAGCUACUAAUAGUUUCAUGCUUUUAUGAUACCUGAGCAGGCAUAUUUAUAAAAUAUGUCAUGUACCUUAAAGCAAUCUUUCAGGCUCUGUCUAUGCAUUAUAUAUAUAUUUUAAAAACAAGGAUGCUAGACAGUAAGAAAAUAAGAAUAAACAUGGAAGAAAUGUUAAGAAGGUUGGUGCCAAAAAUGGAACGAGAAAAAAGAAAUGAAAUCAAGAAAACUAAGAUCCUCAUCCUCUCUAAUUGCAGAAAGCUCAUUAAAUACAAUUAAUUUAGAACAAAAUAACUGAAAAUAUGUCAAUGUCUGCAUGACAGCAACUCAAUCCAGAGUGGGUGGUGCCCUUCAAUUUGAUAAAAAAAAUAAAAAAAACCUGUCCUUGCUAAAAGCUUCAGAUCUUGAAUUAAGCAGUGUGUUGAAAUUGCUGGAUCUAAGAAGAAUAUGAGAUCUUUCUGCUAUGCAUAAGUUGCAUUUCUUAGAUCCAUUAACAUAUGGCUUGGAUUUCUUCACUAUUUUCCACUUAAUUGUAAGUUGCUCUUCAAAUUCCAUACAUGGCUAGCCAACUUAGAUGCACUGUCAUAUAUACAAACAAACGUACAGGUAAGAGUGAUAGAUAAAUAGUUAAGUAAGAGGCAUAUAUAGUUAAACCAUCUCAGCAUUCUUCCCUCCAGAAAAAAGGUUUAUUAAAUUGUCAAGGUAUGAAUGACCCUGGAUAACCUGAAAUACAGAGGUUCCUAACUUUAAAAAGUAAUUGAAAAUUUAGAAGUAAUAAUAAAUUGACAUUUUUGUAUUAUGUGUGUGUGUUUGUUUAUAUGUAUGUGUGUAUACAUGCAUGUGUGUUUGUGAAUGUAUAUGUGUAUGUGUGCAGAUAUAUAUGUAUGUGUAUGUCUAUUUUAUAUAAGAAUGUGUAUAUCAAUGAAAAAAUAAAAAUAAUAUCAAUUUUUUAGUUUUAUUUCAAAGAGAGAACUGGACAAUCGAAUCUCUCUCACUUGCAGUACGUACUUUAUAUUUGACAUUCAGGAAAUGCAACAAAAAAUAGUCCCAAACUAUAUAUAUAUAAAAAGAAAAAAGGACCUAUUGCUCUGUUUAUUAGUCAGUUAAAGGAAUGAAAUUAGCAGCUGAGACUUUCCUGAAAUGUGGCACCAAGGAAUCCAAAGACACAGUGUUAUGAUGGUGCAUUUUAAUAUAAUUAUAACAAUAAUUUUAAUGAUGACGAUGAUGAAGAUGAUGAUGAUGACGAUGACGAUGACGAUGACGAUGACGACGACGACGACGACGAUGAUGAUGAUAUGAUGUUGAUGAUGAUAUGAUGUUGAUGAUGAUGAUGAUAUGAUGUUGAUGAUGAUUUCUUUUAUUGGCCACAAGGUCCCUUGUGGACAAUAUAAAAGUAUGAAAUACAACACACACAAAAAAGAUAAUAAUAAUGAUGAGGAUGAUGAUGAUGAUGAUGAUAAUAAUAAUAAAAUAAUAAUAAUAAUAAUAAUAAUAAUAAUAAUAAUAAAAAUUAUAAUCAUAAAAAUUAUAAUAAUAAAACUUAUAAUAAAAGUGAAUACUGUAAA